UCCGGAAAGGAAAGCAUCGACGGGGAAGAAGCGAUCCUGUUGCUUUUUCUCCCGCCCGGAUCGUGGCGAACUAAAACCUUCGGGUCGCACCAUGGCGGUCCCGAUGGAGGCGCAGUUGCAGAGUAUCUUCGAGGAAGUGGUGAAAACAGAAGUCAUAGAGGAAGCUUUUCCUGGCAUGUUUAUGGAUACCCCAGAAGAUGAGCGAACUAAAUUAAUCAGCUGUUUGAGUGCCUUUCGACAGUUCUGGAGCAAUCUUUCCCAGGAAUCUCAUGAACAGUGUGUUCAGUGGAUUGUAAGAUUCAUACAUAGUCAACAUAGUCCUAAAAGAAUUUCUUUUCUAUAUGAUUGCUUAGCAAUGGCUGUGGAGACUGGGUUACUGCCACCCAGAAUGGUUUGUGAAUCUCUGCUGAAUUCUGACAAUCUAGAAUGGGAAAGGACACAGCUUUGGUCUCUGACAUUUAAACUUGUUCAAAAAAUAAUUGGUGGUGUAGACUACAAGGCUGCUCAAGUCAAACAGUAUGACUCUGGGCAGCAUACAGCAUAUAAACCAUCUCCAACCCCAUAUGAUGUGAAAUAUGUUCAAUAUAUAAUAUAUAAAAUUAAAUGUCUAUCAUAA